AUGGGACAGUGGUUGGCCUCCGCCUUCAGCUCUCUUAUGGGCAAAAAGGAGGUGCGCAUUGUCAUGGUCGGUCUUGAUGCCGCCGGCAAGACCACCAUUAUCUACAAGCUGAAGCUGGGCGAGGUUGUCACGACGACGCCGACCAUCGGCUUCAACGUCGAGACGGUCGAGUAUAAGAACUUGAAAUUCACCAUGUGGGAUGUGGGCGGUCAGCAGAAGCUGCGCUCGCUCUGGCAUUACUACUACCAGGGCUCCAACGGCGUCAUCUUCGUUGUGGACAGCAACGAUCCGGAGCGCAUGAUGCUGGCGAAGGAAGAGCUGGACAAGAUCUUGGCUGAGGAGGAGCUGCGUAAUGCAGUGCUGCUCGUGUUCGCCAACAAGCAAGAUCUGCCGAAUGCGCUGACAACGACGCAGAUUACAGAGAAGCUUGGCCUGUACAACGUCCGCAAUCGCCGGUGGUACAUACAGGGAUGCUGCGCCACAACGGCGCAAGGCCUCUACGAAGGUCUCGACUGGCUGUCCAACAACAUCUCUGCUACCAUGCAAUGA